UAUACUUAAUCUAAAAGGCAGAAGAAGACACAUCUGGAGCACUGAUUUGGAAACAGAACGAGAUUAAUAAAGGUUUAUGGAGCAUUAAUCAAAUCUGCGGAAAUUUUCAUUGCAAAAAAAUGGAGCGCAUUAAAUCAGAGUUCAUGGAUAUAAAUGAGGAAGAACCCUGUAAAGUGAAAGAUGAAGACACUGAGGAACAAAGCGGUCUGAUGGAGGUGAAAGAAGAACGUCCAGAACUAGACGAUACAGAGGAAAACCAUCAAGAAUCUGUGACCUCCUCACACACUGACAAGAAAAUCUCCCAGAAAAGAAAAUCCGUCACAUGUGAUCUGUGCGGAAAUAGUUUUGUGCGUAAAACAGUCCUGAAUGAUCACAUGAAGAUUCACACCGGAGAAAAACCUUAUUUGUGUGAUCAGUGUGGACGGAGAUUCACGCGCAGACAUCUCCUGAACGAACACAUGCGAAGUCACACCGAGGAGAAGCCUUACACGUGCUCCGAGUGUGGGAAGGGUUUCUCACUGAGUGAAAACCUCAAGAUUCACAUGAGCAUCCACACCGGAGAGAAGCCGUUCACAUGUGAUCAGUGUGGGAAGAGUUUCAUGCGUAAAUGCAUCCUGAGCAAUCACAUGCGCAGUCACACCGGAGAGAAACCUCACGUGUGUGUGGAGUGUGGAAAGGGUUUCGCACUUAAAGAAAACCUGAAGUCCCACAUGAGAAUCCACACCGGAGAGAAGCCGUACACAUGCAGCGAGUGCGGACAUAGCUUCACAUUUAAAGGAAACCUUAACUAUCACUUACGGAUUCACACUGAAGCGACGCCUUUCACGUGUCAUCUGUGUGAGAAGAGUUUCACGCAGCCGGACACGCUCUCAUAUCAUCUGCGCUGUCACACCGGAGUAAAACCCUUUAAAUGUGAGGAGUGCGGUAAAGCGUUCAUCCUGGCCUCACAUCUGAAGAAGCACAUGAUGGCUCACGCCAACGAGAGAGCUUACUUCUGCUCUGUGUGUGGGAAGAGUUUCUCACGGCGGGACUGUUUUAAACUGCACCUCAAGAUUCACACCGGCGUGAAAGCUCACGUGUGCUCUGUGUGCGGGAAGAGUUUCAGAAGAGCUGGAGAACUGAAGGGUCACUACAGAGUCCACAGCGGAGAAAAGCCCUACAAGUGCUCGCUCUGCGACAAGAGUUUCAGCUCAUCAUGCACUCGACAGAAACAUGUCCGACAGCACUGUCCGAAGAGGCCGAAGUGAGCAGGCUGCUGUAACCCUGAACACAUUCAACAAGAAGCACAGCUGGACAAACAAAACAGAUCUAAUUAAAGCGACUUUUGUGCACAGACCACUGCUCAUAUGUGUUGCAUAAUGAUGCAUUUAAAAGUAUAAUGUUUAACAUUGUUGUUGCAUGUGAAAUAUAACACAGAUAGCAUUAAAUGAACCUAUGCUAAAUGUUAAUUAUUAGUAACUCUUAUGCCUUUAUCUAAAGCACAUAUCCACCAUGUUUGUAGUUUUUUUAACCUUUUUAUGCAUGUUUGUAGUUCUGAACUGAAUACUCCUCCAGAGCGCAAUGGAUUGUGGGUAAUAUUAGCCAUUAAAGUCUGCAUGUGUCCACAUUUUAUUUGUUUUUAAUUGCUUUAAUUGUUUUUCUGUGAGUUAUAAUGUGUGCCCUUUAAUUUGUCUUUUUUUUCUGAGCAAAAAAUUAGUAACAUUUAAUUACCAAUGAUUUAGUGACAAUGUCAUUCAGUGUAACAAUAAUUCAUUUCAGGUAUAUUCAGAACAAGCAUCGAUAUCCUUUAAGUCUGAUAAGUCAGCAAUCAUGUCAAAAUAAUCAAAUGUAGUAUGAUGACAUAUCCUUUUCUAAAUUUUGAUAAGUACCGGUCAGAAUAACUAUGUUUUGUUUAUGUAAAUAAUAUCAGUUUUUUUUUCAUGUAAUUAUUUGUGAGGGAAUAAUUAGCUCAUAAUUACCAUCCAGAUCUGGAGUUUCCUCUAAAUAAGCGUACUCAAGAUGGACAAAAUGAAGUAAACAGUAAAAUAUCUAUGUAAAGAGUUAAUGAAUACACUAACAAGCUCAUAAUGAGUUAUGAAUGAUAAUCAUCUUUCUCUGUGUAUCUGCAUCACGCUCCUUUUUAAUAAACAUCUUUAUACUGUCACACACAGAUAGAAGUUCAUAAUAGAGUUUUCCCGUUCUAGCAGCUCUAAGAUCUGAACAAUUCUACAGAAACUAGAAUAAUUUCGAGAACUAAUAAACGGUUACAGUAACAACAUCUGAGUCAAGACAAGAUCAAGUUGAAGAAACCAUAACUAUGUGUGUGUGUGUGUGUGUUUACUGGGUUUCCUUGGCAGGUACGUCUCAUGCAGGAAACAUUUUUUUCAGACUAUUCUUAUGAUCUCAUCUAAAAUGUUCAAAUUAUUUUAAAAAUGAUUAAUAAACUGAACAUUGGCUUCAUGAAUACUACUAACACACAAAAGAUGAUUUUGCUCUUUUUAUUUGUUAAUGUCAUCAUGUACAGUUUGCACACAUUUGAGCCUUGGUUACGAGGAGACUACAUAAUGCAAUUAAUCAUAACCACACACACACACACACACACAGAUGGGCUUGACUGAUGCUACACCGUAAUAAUAACCUCAUUAUGAUGCAGACAGACUC